UAUUAUCUUUAUCUAAUAAUCUUUUGAUACCAAUAGGGACACAUUUAGCAUCGGCGCCGGCUCCCCAGCCAUGAGGAGAGUUGUAUUUUAAAGGUGUUAUGAUUAUGAAUUAUGAAGUUCUCAAGACCCGUUCCCUACGCGUUAAUGAGAAUUGUAUAGCCUGUGUUCUGCAGCUGUAGGUAGGGGGUAGGGGGGUAGGGGAGGGGUAGGCGGUAGGGGCUGGGAUUGAUGACAUUCAUAUAGAGUUGGGUCUUAUAAAUAAUUAACCCGGAUAGCAGGCGCAAAUUUCGUCAGUCAUGUCGCCUCCCGGUUACUUUGUCAUGCUAUCAUGAAUUAAAAAAAUAGUCAGCCGUUUGUGUCACAGUAACAUCUCAAAAAAAAAACAACGGGUUGCACUCCGGGAGUGCCGGCAGAAGUGAAAACUUGAAUAUUAAAGUUGUUCAUUUUUGAUAUUUUGGAAUGGUUAGGGAAUAAUUUUGCACGAAUUGCUUUAAUUAUCAGUAUAAAAGUACUAUCAUUUAUGUGGUAAAAUACAAUAUUAAUUUAUUGCGCUACACAAACAUGACAAUUUAUAUUACAUAAAAAAUUUAACACUUCAGAACUAUUACAAUUAUUUAUUAAUUAUAAUUUCAACAACGAUCGUGGAGUUUUUCGAUCAGGUCACGUGUCCGUCUUACGAAUUUUCAAUCUGACGAAUCUAUCGGUUACGUGACCUGUCGCGAGUUUAACGUUUUUCCCCAUCACAAAAAGUGCAUAGCGCCUCUAAAGAAGUUUUCACUUCAAACAUUUCUGACAAAGUUACAAUCGGGAGGCGAUGACUGAACUUGUUUUUUUUAUCAUCAUGGAAAUCUGUUCCUGUCUCUCUGCCUAUAAUUUUUGCCAAUUGUCGGCCAUUCUCUACGUGUGAUGACAGUCCCAACUCCGUCAAACCUUUUACACAAUAUGAUUUGCGGUGACUAGAUGCAGGCACAAAUCUGAAAGAUUGGUUUCAGGCAUCUGCACAACUAAAGAUGUUGACAUCUUUUUGACGCACAUGAGUAACGCCCGGUUCCUUCGAGCGGUGGACUUCGCUAGGCAGCACUUCUAUGACAGAACCGGCAUUUAUUCCAAACUGUUUAAGAGCACGACCUUCGUGAAGGCGUCCACUAUUAGAUAUAGACGGCCCAUCGCCUUACUCAGCCAUUAUAAAGUCGAGACCAGGAUGUUAUGCUGGGAAAAUCAGACUAUGUAUCUGGAGCACAAGUUCGUCACUCUGAAAGACAACUUUGUAAGGGCUGUGGCUCUUUCACAGAAUUACGUGGUUGGCGUUGAUUUACCUACCGCGAUGGAGGAGAUCCCUGGUGCAGAUGCCUUUAAGACUGCCCCUGAGGAAGUCACGCAGUGGUGCCAAUUUCUGGAAGCUUCGAGCGCCAGGCUUAGGAAAAAGGAUUAACAUACUUUGCGUCUAUCUUUAUUUCUCUCACAUCUGUGAUGAUAACAUUUCCGGCAGGUAUAUCUACAGGUGUUCGAGUGCGUAGUAUGGCGCACGUAAAAUGGCAAACUUCCUUUGAUUUGGUCAGUUACUAAUUGAUAAACUGUGAACGAAAGAAAUUUACUUACAUGUUUUCUUCUAGUAGGAAGUAAAAGUAUAGGUUUUAGAAAUUUUAUUCGGCAAGUAUAAAAUCACCUUUAAAUAAAUAAAAUUUGUUCAGACUUA